CUACCUCCUCUCCUGGUGUGUGUGAUCAGGACAAGACAUGGCGGACGCCUCAGACAAAAGACAGGAGUCUUUCACUUGUCCAGUUUGUCUGGAUCUCCUGAAGGAUCCAGUCUCCAUUCCAUGUGGACACACGUAUUGUUUGGGCUGCAUUAAAGGCUGCUGGGAUCAGGAGGAUGGUAAAGGCACCUACAGUUGUCCCCAGUGCAGACGGACAUAUAGACCCAGACCUGAUAUCAGUAAAAACACUCUGAUUGCUGAGAUGGUGGAGGACUUUAGGAAGACUGGACUCGAGGCUACUACUUCUGCUCAGUGUUCUGCUGGAUCUGGAGAUGUGGAAUGUGACGUCUGCACUGGGAGAAAACUCAAAGCUGUGAAGUCCUGUCUGGAUUGUCUGUUGUCUUACUGUGAAACUCACUUCAAAGUUCAUAACGAUUUAAAUCCAGGAAGAAAACACUCAGUGGUUGAUGCCACAGGCCAGUUGCAGGAGAGGAUCUGUUCUGAACAUAAGAAGUUGUUUGAAAUAUUUUGUUGUACUGAUCAGAGUUGUAUCUGCUAUCUGUGCACGAUGGACGAACAUAAAGGCCAUGACACAGUCACAGCUGCUGCAGAAUGGGAAAACAAACAGAAGCAGUUGGGGCAGACCCAGAGGAGAUUCCAGCAGAGAAUCCAGGAGAGAGAGAAGGAGCUGCAGGAGCUGAGGAAGGCUGUGGAGACUCUCAAGAGCUCUGCACAGACAGCAGUGGAGGACAGUGAGAGGAUCUUCACUGAGAUGAUCCGCUCCGUUGAGAGAAGGCGCUUUGAGGUGACAGAGCUGAUCAGAGCUCAGGAGAAGGCUGAGGUGAGUCGGGCUGAAGGACUCCUGAAGCGACUGGAGCAGGAGAUUGCUGAACUGAAGAGGAGAGAUGCUGAACUGGAGCAGCUUUCACACACAGAGGAUCACAUUCAUUUCCUCAAGAAUGUUGUGUCAGUCACUGCUGCUCCUUGCAGUACAGUUUCAACCAGCAUGAGCUUCAGCCAGAGUUUCUCUUUUGAGGCUGUGAAGGAAUCUGUCUCUGCAGUGAAGGUGCAGCUGGAGGAGAAACUGGAUGGCAUCUUCAAGCAGGAAGUAGCCAAGAUAUCUACAGCAGUGACACAUAUCCAGAUCAUCCAAGCUUUACAAUAUACUGAUCCUGAACUCCCAGUCAGAAGAACAGACAGUAAAGAGAUUCUGUCACCAGAAAUGUCUGAUGUCCAGGCUGUUUUUACUGAGCCAGUAACCAGAGAGGAGUUCUUAAAGUACUCCUGUCACUUCACACUGGAUCCCAACACAGCACACAGACACCUCCAUCUGUCUGAGGGGAACAGGAGGGUGGAGUGGAGAGCUGAGCUCCAGUCAUAUCCUGAUCAUCCAGAGAGAUUUGAUGGGUGGGAACAGGUGCUGUGUAGAGAGGGUGUGUCUGGACGCUGCUACUGGGAGGUGGAGAGGAGUGGGGAGGUUGAUAUAGCAGUCUCAUAUAAAAGCAUCAGCAGGGAAGGAGGAGGUGCUAAGUGUGGGUUUGGACAUAAUGAUCAGUCCUGGAGUCUGCUCCUCAUCAGCUCCAGCUCCUCUUUCUACCACAAUCAUAAACAGACUAAACUCCCUCUAUUGGCCAGCUCCAGAAUAGGAGUGUAUGUGGAUCACAGGGCAGGAACUCUGGCCUUCUACAGCAUCUCUGACACAAUGACCCUCCUGCACAGAGUCCAGACCACAUUCACUCACACACUCUACCCUGGGUUUACAUGUUACUUUACUGGAUCAUCAGUGAAGCUGUUGUGAUCCCAGACCAUGUAGGCCCAAUCCCACACACUCUAGCCUGGGUUUUAUAUAGUAUGUACUAGAUCAUCAGUGAAGCUGUUGUGACUCACACCAUAUACUGUACAGCAGGACAGAACUGUAAAGACCCCAGACACAUAUAGAUAGAUGCUGUUACUACAUGCACACAAACACACAUAAACACGUCCCAUCUCAUCAGCACACAUAUAAGCCACCACUCACAUUUAAGGAUCUGGCAGCUGCCUCUCAGCUACCUGAGAUUCUCUUUUCUUGGGGAAAACAAAACACCAAAUCAAUGUCUCAUCUCUGGACCCCAGCAGAUAUCACAGCGUCUGCACCUCUGGACCUCUGCUGGAACACACAUCAGCACACCACACAUAAACUACUGGGUGAGAAAUGUGUUGAUGAGCCCAGUGUUUCACCCCCUCUGAUCCUCUCCCACAAUCCAUCUCCUCUCCCUCCUGCUCCCCCUAACCCUCCUUCCCCUUCCCCAGGUGUUCAGGUCUUUAGAUCCUCUGUAGUUGGACACGUGUCUGAUAGAAAAAAAAUAUUAACAACAAUGGCCUCUACAUAUACGUAGUCUUGUGAUAUGUAUUGGGUUUUAUGAUUUUUUUUGUGUUAAAUUCACAUGUUAAAUAACUAAAUGAAUAAAUGAAAAAAAAAAAACACACAUGAUCUUUUUUACAAGUUGUUGAAGUACAGAAUUUGCUUAUCAUAGGACAUGUGGAAAUCACAACAAGAAAGAUCAUAUGAUGAUAAACAAUAAAACCCUUCUGAAAACAAUACAUUUUGCAUGCAAGUCUAUGAGAAAGAAAAUAUCAGAGAAUAUAGCCUUGUUAAUGUACAACAUAUUUUAUACAGUCUAUGGUAAUGUACCCUACCGUCUCCAUAGAAUGUUGUUAAACAGAACAUUCUAGAACAAUCUGACUCUGAACUCAGAAUGUUGAACUCAUCUGUGUUCUGUGGGAGAGCAAAGACUCACCCUGAGUUGCUGCAUGUGUGCAAUGAAGCUGAUGUGUGUAUCUAAACUUUUGUGAUGAUGGUGGUAGACGUGUAGGUGAUAAUAUGAAAAUAAAUGAUAUAUCCCCCACAUACAUCA